AUGGCACCAAACACUGCUCCGGCAUCCAACUCGCCGGCAAAAAAGACAUCCGCUCCAGAGAAGAAAUACAAGUGCCAAUUUUGCAAUCGCGCAUUCAGCAGAAGUGAACAUCGCAGCCGACAUGAGCGUUCUCACACAAAAGAAAGGCCCUUCAAGUGCAUGAAAUGUCGCAGUACUUUCGUCCGUCGCGAUCUCCUACUCCGUCAUGACCGUACGGUUCACGCCAAAGAUGGUGGGGUUCCCUUGGUGGCUGAAGGGCGCAGACGUGGUGGGAAUAGUAACGCCGGGGUUCAGAAGUCCUCCCCUGCUCCGGCAGCUCAUUCCAAGCCCAACAUCACCAUCGAUCCAACUACCCUGGAACAGCUUGAGGCAAGCAGCGAUGGUAUGGUCGACCUUGAAACUGCAGCCAUGUUGAUGACAGAUUUCCAACAUAAGGCCGCAGCUGCCGCAACGGGCCAGACCACCACACCUACCGUCGCGACCGCAGGCGUUUCCAACAACAACAAUAACAAUAACAACACUGUUGCUACCCAAGAACGCGCGGAAUCCGACCGUUCGUUUUCGCCUGGUCGCGGUUCGAUACUUGAUCCCCCCGUGUCGUAUCUGUCGAGCAAUGCGACACUGCCGCAAAUGCCCUGGGAUUCCCUCGAUGUCAAACACCCCGCUUCGUCCAUGGCUUCCAGCUUCACAACCACCGACGCAAUCGCAGACUCGCACCAGCCCUUGCCUUCCUUGAUGGACCGUCCCAUGUCGCACAUGGGCAGCGACAUGCUUGGACCUUCGCUCAUGAACACCCUGCCUGUGUCGGGUAACUCGACCCCGAACGCGCUGUCGCCGUUUCCCUCCAUGACCGGUCCCAUCAGCCCUGUCAACUAUCGCAAGUCUCCUGGUCCCAGCCAAAUGUUGACGCUUCCCAAGGCCCCACAGGUCGCCAACGAUAUCGAGCGCAACAUGUUGGUUGAGCGGAUACGAAACGCUGACUCCCUCGGUGCAUUGCCCAGCGCGUUCCAGCUGCCCACGACGGUUGCCUUGAACAAGUACCUUUCCACCUACUUCAACCUGUACCACGCACACCUGCCCUUUCUGCACCAAGAGUCGUUCAAGCCCACGUCCGUCUCGCCGCCGCUCUUGCUUGCUGUGCUCUCUAUCGGUGCGCUGUACGCGUUUGAGCGUGAGGAGGCUUUCAUGAUGCACGUGGGUUCGAAGAUGCUGGUCACCCAAUUCUUGCAGCACAAGGACAAUUUUGACUCGCGAAAAUGCCCUCUCUGGGCCAUGCAGAGUACACUCCUCAACAUGGUUUUCGAGAGCUGGAGUGGUGAUCCCAAAGGUCUUGAAUGGACCUGCUCCAUUAAGAGUCUACUGGCCAACAUGGUCUCGGGUAACCGCUAUCAACUCAAGGUGCGGUGCGAUGCGCGGGAAGCAGUUCCCACACGCGAAGAGUGGAUUGAUGACGAGUCGUGCCGUCGGACUUACUACGCCGUCUACAUCUUCUUCGGUAUGCUCACGCUGACCUACAACCACACCCCAGCAAUGAGCUUUGAUGAAUUCGACACCAUGGAACUGCCGUCGUCGGAAUCGCUUUGGAACUGGGAGGGCGGUGAUGAUGAGGCCUGGCGCCGCAACUUGGCUGCCAGCCCAUCACUCACUGUUCGCGAAGCCCACGACUGUCUCUUCCAGGGCGAGCAAACGCGCUACAGCGCCUUUGCGACUCGUGUGUUGAUCAACGCCCUGUUCUUGCAGGUCUGGAACCACAAGAGAAGCUUCGAGGCUCUCCAGGACGUGGUCACUGAGUUCAAGCUUCGCUUGGCUUUGGAGACAUGGGAGAGUUCCCUGGACGUGUGUGAGCCCGAGACCGUUGUCGUGCCCCUCAGCACCCCGCACAAUUGCCAUCCCUUGAUCUUCAACUCGAUGGCCGUCUACCGCAACACCCGCGCCCGUUUGGAAGUCGACUUGAAGUCGAUCCAGGAGGCCAUGCGCUACCACUCGUCCUACGAAGUUGCUGCCGCUAUGACCGUCGCGCGCGACAAGGUUAAGCGGGGACAGGAAAUGAACAAGGUCAUCCAGUCGUGCUUCGAAUGUAUCGAGAUCGCCGCGGUCCAGGGCAUCAACUGGGUAGCCAAGACGUCUGCCACCAACUGGAGUGUCGAGCAUCCACUGUGUGGAUUGGAUCUGAUGGUCAUCCUAAGUCUCUGGCUCUACCGCCUGGAACAUGACGAAGAGCCAGCGACUGAGGAUGAGUUGGCCCUCUACAACAAAGUGCGCAACCUGUUUGACAAUGAAGCCGUGGACUCCUUUGGUAAACUCAGCUCUACUGUGGCCCGUGUAUGGGGUAACAUCCUGGACGGUGUCGUAGUCUGGGGAAUCACAAAGCUCAUGGGCGAGUCGUUCAAACUGCAUUCGCAAGCCUUGGUUGGCUACGAGGACUCGUUGCGCAUUUCCAAAGAUCAGCCAAUUCACCCGAUGCCGGCCAAGACGUUGGCCAGCGUUGGCACUGCUUACUAG